GCAUACAGUAAUUAAGCAUCCGUUCUCUCAUUUCUUGUAUCCAUUGAAAGGAAAUUUUCUGCGCUAAAUUUGAAUCAAAUGGCCCGCACAAAGCAGACAGCAAGGAAAUCAACUGGAGGGAAGGCCCCUCGCAAGCAAUUGGCAACGAAGGCGGCGAGAAAGAGUGCCCCUGCUACAGGGGGAGUGAAGAAGCCUCAUCGUUUCAGGCCCGGAACCGUUGCUCUUCGGGAGAUCCGCAAAUACCAGAAGAGCACAGAGCUGCUCAUAAGGAAGUUGCCUUUCCAGAGGCUUGUAAGAGAGAUUGCCCAAGACUUUAAGACGGAUCUGCGCUUCCAGAGCUCAGCCGUUUCGGCAUUGCAAGAGGCAGCAGAGGCCUAUCUGGUCGGACUCUUUGAGGAUACUAAUUUGUGUGCUAUUCAUGCCAAGAGGGUUACUAUUAUGCCCAAGGAUAUCCAGCUCGCUCGCCGUAUUCGAGGCGAGAGGGCUUAGAUGUGUCUGCUCCUAUUUGAUCUAACGUCAGAUGAGCUUUCUUUUUCGACAAGAAGCUGCUAUUUUGCCUCCCUCCUUUUGGAAAAUGUCGAAAAUCUUCAUUGCUGUAAAUAAGGUUUUUUGUACAAAUUUGCUGUAAACAUUAGAGUCCUAGAUACAAUAUCAUUACCUAGUAAUUCAUCAUUUUAGACAAGAAUGUUUAGCAUCCAUGUCCACCCAAUUUUAACUCAGGUUUUUGUGACAGGUUCCUCUCUUCUCCCCCUUUCUAUAUUUGGGUUUGUUUUGUGAUCAUCAAUUAUGGAUUUACUUGUUUAUGCAGUUCAUUGCCAAUUUUGCACCUUCUAGCUCCAAUUCC